UGCUCAGUUUGCGAUAGGCACGUGCAUAUAAUAUAAUGAGAAAAUACUUAAGAUAAUAGGUAUAUAAAUGGGACUAUCCAAUGGCGAUGGAUUCUUGGAGGAAAGCGAAAAAAUUUUGGAUCAGAUUCAACAAUUGAUCGAGGUGUCUCACCACCAAUUAACGAACGCUAAAAAUUCUAUACAGGAAAAGUUGAAGGAGAAGGCACAUAAAGUCGUGGAUGAAGGUUUGAUAAAAAUUGAGAUUAAUAUAAAGAAAGUCAAGGUUCAAGAUUUCUCGGGCGAGGUUUCACGCCGCGCGAUUGAUGUCUCCGGUGGUCUGGAGGUUAAAAACGAGAAGUAUUCAGAGCAACUGAAAAGCUGCGUUUCCAGAGACCUUCGGAGAUCUUCACUCCUCGUCGAAGAGUUCGUUGAAGAUGUGAAAGGUCAGGUCAGAGAUCUUGUCAAGGAUAUCGAACGCAAAGUUGCAGAAUGCAAGCGGAAGUCGAGUCCUCAACUGUGCUUAGUGCAAGCAUUGCUUGGGGUCUCCGCAGUUCCGAACGUAAUCAUCGAGGAGAUAGUUAAACUGGAGGACUUAUUCAAUAACGUCAAAUGGGAGCAAUGCGUGAAGAAAGUUAUUGCCAAUAGAAACGCUGAAUUUGGAAUGCGUCGAUACGCAGCCAAUAGUGUUUUGGUAAAUCCUCUUUUACCCUAUUGCAUAUCAGAAAACCUCUAUUAAAUAUUAUACAAAUCUCUGUACAGAAAAUUGUAUUAAA